AUGCUGGUCGAGGAAGCAGAUCUCACAGACGCUGCCGAUCUCGCCGAUGAUGAGGUGACGCAGCUCAGCGACAUUCCUGUGAACCACCUCCUGAUCGCCGACCCUCACGAUCUGAUCGCCGAUCUUGAUCUAAGCACACCAUCAUUUUCUCCUCCAGCUUCGUCUACUUCCUCUCCUUUACCUUGCCCGUUCGUUCUGCUGAUCCUCUGGGCACCAGCUGCUUCACAAACACACCAUCUCUACCUUUCUCUUCACCAAGCAUCAGGCCCACACCUGCCUGCUCUGCUUCAAGUCAGCACCAUCACCACCACCACCACCACCACCACCACCAUCGUAUCCUUCACCACCAACACCAACACCAACACCAACACCAACACCGUCAUCAUCUUCAUCAUUAUCUCCAUCUCCAUUAUGAUUAUCAUAAUCAUCUCUGUCAUCAUCAUCCUCGCAAUCAUCGUCUCAAUCAUCUCCAUCUUCUCCAUUAUCCUUACUGGCGACUGA